AUGCAGGUCAUGCCGAGUCUACGUUACAUCGCGUGGGCGGCGAGGCGCCGCGCUCCUGGUGGGCGUGCGGACGAUUAUACGUGGUACGAGGACGCAUACGACUGCGCGCCGGCGGAUUAUACCUGGUACCGCGUCGCGAACGGUGAGGGGAAGAGCCAGCUCACGCUGCAGCCGAUCUCUGCUAGCCAGGGAGAGCGUGUUCGUCGUUUCUUGCUCGACUCGGAGUUGGACGCGAUCACCAACAUAGAUGCCCACCUCCGUUUCUAA